AUGGCGAGCACUCUCAAAGACGACUGUCUCUUCUGCGCGAUGAUUCAGGGGAAAAUUCCCGUACUAAAGCUCUUAGAGACCGAGAAAUCCCUGGUCUUCAUGGACAUCGGGCCUGUCGCUGAGGGACACACCUUGAUCAUACCAAAAUAUCACUGCAACACAAUGGACGAAGUUCCAAACGAAUACCUCGAGGAGAUUUUACCUCUUGCAAAGAGAAUCGCAAUUGCCCUCGAAGUCAAGGACUACAACGUGCUCCAAAACAAUGGGAAGAUUGCGCAUCAGCACGUUUUCCAUGUCCAUUUCCAUGUUAUUCCGAAGCCCAACGAGACCGAGGGUUUGGGAGUUGGAUGGCCGAGAGUGGAGCCGGGAAUGGAGGCACUCAAGAAAGUACAGGAGCGAGUGCUAUCCAAAUUGUGA